AUGGCAGCAAGAACUGCUCCACUUGAGGUUGGCACAAGGGGUACCGUAGGAUCACUUCUCAAGAAGGAGAUUGAGUAUUUCAGGAGACUCCAACUGGAUUGCUGUGGAACUUGUGCUCAUCAAUCUCAUCAUCAGCAUCGACAUGUUCCGGAAAUGGCUUCCAAUGCAAGCAAGUCCUGGACUAGUUUUAGGUUCUUGCCAUGGAAGAGGAAGAAAAGAAGAGGGAUCAAUGUUAAUGCUGCCAGUACUAGUAGUGGCAUUGUUCGUCCGGGGAUCUGCUCGAUGGUAGAAGUAGUAAACAGCCGUCGCUGGAAUGAUGCGCCGAGUUUUGGUUACAAAAAUCUUAGAGCUGAUAUGGAGGAAGUUUGA